CACAGGAAAUCACAGCAGCAAACAACAAGAAAAUGAUGCGCCUGGAGGUUUUCACAGAUGUUCUGAGGUUCCUGAAGGACGAUGCUCUGAAAACCAUCAAACACCAUCCAGCAGGAGGAGAGAUCUCAGCCUCUGACUUCACCUGGGUGCUGACUGUUCCUGACAGCCUGAAGGAUGUUACUAAACGGAUCAUGACAGAAGCUGCUGUUCUGGCAGGUCUUGCAGGAGAAGACACUAAAGACAAACUGGUGUUUGUUCUGGAAUCAGCAGCAGCUUUGGCCUGGUGUUUGAAGCCUCCACCUGAUGGCUUCAUCACACAGAACCACAGCAGAACCUCCCAGGAUCAACCUCCAGAACCAGCAGGCGCUGUUACCAGCUGUAACGAUCCAGCAGGAGGUCCAGAACCAGGAGGAACCAAAGUUCUGCUGGAGACCAGAAACCCAGACAGGAAACGGUACCUUGUUGUCGAGUGUGGAGGUAAAUGUUAAACACGGUUAUUUAAAUGUUUAUUGACAGACGAGCUUUAAAAUCUUUGUUCACACUAAGAAUCCAGAUAAAUGAGGAUUGAUGUAAACUUUUAGAUUAAUGUUUGCUGGAUGUGAGUUUGAAUGUGAAAUAAGUUGUUUUCUGAGAUUUCUCCUUUAUUCUGUUUUAUUCUCUUCCUGUUUGUCAAAAGAUCUAAUUAUUAACAUCAC